AUGACUAAUUGGAGAAAAGCAAUGGAAGUAUUUAAUACGCAUGUUGGUGGUGUAGCUAGUGCUCACAAUGAUGCGAGAACACAACUUGAGGCUUUUAAAAAUCAACGACAAAGUGUGUCACAUUUGCUACAAGCACAGGGGCGUGAAAUGGAGGUUGCAUAUCGCACUCGAUUAACGGUAACUUUAGAUGUUACACGCUUUCUUUUGAAACAAGGUUUGCCUUUCCGUGGACAUGACGAGUCAUUGAAUUCUUCAAAUAAAGGUAACUUUCUUGAAUUGAUUGAGUGGUAUACCCAAAGAAAUGAUGAGGUUGCCAAGACCAUGAAUGAAAAUGCCCCUGGAAACAAUCAAAUGAAGUCUCCAACAGUUCAAAAGGAUUUAACACAGGCUUGUGCUGCUGAAGUCACAAAUGUCAUUCUUAAUGAUAUAAAAGAUAAUAUAUUUUCUCUUAUGGUUGAUGAGUGUCGAGAUAUUUCAGUCAAAGAACAAAUGGGAGUUGUUUUAAGAUACGUGAACAAAUAUGGAUGUGUUAUUGAAAGAUUUCUUGCUAUUGUACAUGUGUCUGACACUUCUGCUAUUUCUUUAAAGAAGGCUAUUGAUGAAUUGUUUGCAAAACAUAAGUUGUCAUUAUCAAGAUUGAGAGGUCAAGGAUACGAUGGAGCUUCAAAUAUGCGAGGUGAGUAUAAUGGAUUGAAGGCUCUUAUAUUGAAGGAAAAUUCAUAUGCAAGGUAUGUCCAUUGUUUUGCUCACCAACUUCAACUAGUUGUUGUUGCAGUUGCUAAAAGUAAUCGAAUUGUGAGUGAUUUCUUCCAAUAUGUUACUAUGAUUGUGAAUAUUACUGUGCUUGAAAAUGUGUAUGAUGAUGGUACUAAUGAUGAUAAUAGUGGUAUCGCCACCAGUUUAAUUGAUAAGAUGGAGAGUUAUGAAUUUGUGUUUGUGAUGCAUUUGAUGAAAUCUUUAUUGGGAAUCACAAAUGAAUUGUCACUUGCCUUACAACAAAAGGAUCAAAACAUUGUACUAGCUGUCAGUUUGAUCAAGACAAUGAAAGUUCGAUUACAAAAAUUGAGAGAGGAAGGAUGGGAGAAUUUUUUGGACGUCGUCAACAAAUUUUAUAGUAACCAUAUGAUCCCAGUACCGAAUAUGGAAGAAAAUAUGAGAACUCGUGGUCGCAGCAGACGUAAUGGACAAAUGAUUACUAAUUUUCAUCACUAUCGUGUUGAAAUUUUUUAUCAGGUUCUUGAUAUGAUGGUUCAAGAGAUGAGUAAUCGGUUUUCAGAAUCAAGUACGGAGGUACUUACUUGCAUUGCUUGUUUAGAUCCAAAGGACUCUUUUUCUCAAUUUGAUAUUGGUAAGCUACUCCACCUUGCUGAACUUUAUCCGGAGGACUUUUCAUUAACUGAUCGUGCAAUACUUGAGGACCAACUUGAGACUUACAUUCAAAAUGUACGAGGUGAAUUUUCUAUGAUUGAAGAUUUGGGAAGUCUUGCUAAAAAGAUGGUUGAAACGGGGAAGAAUACAAUUUUUCCAUUGGUAUAUCGUUUGAUCGAGUUAGCAUUAGUUUUACCAGUUGCAACUGCUUCUGUUGAAAGAGUUUUUUCUGCGAUGAAAAUUAUCAAGACUGAUUUGCGUAAUAGGAUGGGGGAUGAAUGGAUGAAUGACAGUUUGGUAGUAUACAUCGAGAAGGACAUUUUUGCUACAAUUGAAAAUGAACAAAUUUUACAACAUUUUCAACAGAUGAGCACUCGUAGGAUCCAGCUGUCUCCUCUUGUUUGUAUGUCUAGAUCUGAUGCUGAUGGUUCAAGUAUUAAAAAAUAA